AUGUCUGGCAAAAGGGCUCGCGCAGCCUUUGAGGCUGACCUGCAGGCACAGGAGUCCCCUUAUGCUUUUUACGGGACUCCUCUUCCGCCGCUGGAUGCCGGCGUCCGCGACGACGGAUCUUAUGUGCCGAUCUGGAAACAGGAGGUGACAGAUGACCGGGGAAGGAAACGCCUCCAUGGUGCCUUCACCGGUGGAUUUAGUGCCGGGUACUUCAACACCGUCGGAUCGAAGGAAGGAUGGACUCCCUCAACUUUUAUUUCCUCGCGACAGAGCCGAGCAAAGGAUGCCCGACAACAACGGGUAGAAGACUUCAUGGACGAAGAGGAUAUCCGGGAGGCAGAAGAAUCUCGAAAUUUACACACUACCGAUGAAUUUUCUGGGUUUGGGUCUACAGAUGUCGACCCCAACCGCCGGGGAGGGCUAAUGGACCUUUUUAGAAGUGGCGGUGAGACAAUGGGAAUCAAACUGUUGAAAAGGAUGGGCUGGAAAGAGGGUCAGGGCAUUGGUCCUAAGGUUCGACGCAGAGCUCAUCUUGGCGACGACACAGCCUACGGUGGCGGAGGCACUGACAAGACGUACUUGUUCGCACCGGAGAACUCACGCAUGGUGGCUUUUAUACAUAAGACAGAUCACAAAGGGCUUGGUUUUGAAGGCGAAUCUCGUCUUGGCUCCCAAAAAGCCGGGGGCGAUGAGUCUGACGAAGAUGCCGAUCCAUUCUUUGGGCGGCGACUGACUGGUCAAGACAUUUCUAAGCGGUCAACCCCAAAGGAGUCGCGUCGCGGAGCAUUUGGUGUCGGUGUGCUGAAUGACACCGGUUCAGAUGACGAGGACCCGUAUUCCUUAGGGCCUCAGAUCUCAUAUAAUCGAGUCAUCGGGAAAGACAAAAAGAAGAAAAAGAAGUUGCUGGAAGAUGCUAAACCAAAGAUGGCAUCCAACCCUCUGUUGAACAAUAAACCGGUCUUUAUAUCCAAGAAGGUGCUUGCCUCUAGGAGCUCUACCGGGUUCAGGAAAUGCCAUGAUGGCCGAUUGCCCUUAGAUGGGUUUGUGCUAGCGGAAGGCGUCUCAAGCUUAACGAUUUCAGCACAGGAGAAGAAAUAUGCACCCCCCGAGGUUCCUAAAGAUUGGAAAUGCAGCAAGACCCCAUCAGAAGAGAGGGAUGCAUCUAAAUACGUUUCUACAGCCGAGGCAGCUAAGGCUUCUUCUUUAAACCCCACAUCACGAGCUGUGCUUUUAGGGGAGGCGCAACUUCCCGGAAAAUCUAUUUUUGAUUGGAUGACCCCUGAGUCCAGGGAGAAGAUCGUCAAACUAACAGGGAAGACUGACCUACCGCCAGCAUUGGGUGAGAAAGCUCCAGAAGGAUACGAGAUGUCAGAGGCGCAGAAACGGAAGGAUUUGUGGGAUCUUGUUCCCAAAUUGGAUAAGCAAGUCGCAGUUCAGGCUUUGACCCGAGCGGCUAGUGGUUGGAUGCCUUAUUCCGAGGAUCCAGAUAAGCGAUCCCGAUAUCGAACGUUCCUUCAAGUCCGGGCGGGACUCCGAGAAAGUCUUCCGGAUCGGGUUUCUGGGUCGAGCACUGACGAAUGGGCUGCUGAGCUCCACGAGUUCGCUCGCGCUGCAGAGGUCUUUAAACCGAUGUCGGGGGCCAUGGCGUCGCGAUUCACGUCUGCCUCCAGCGGACCAAAAGGAUCCUCAGAUGAGGUUGAAUCAUCUGCGACAGAUUCAUUGCUUCAGAACCCUGCCAAGAAGCCCGAAGACCCUGCCGUGGCGGCCGCAAAGAUCGGCAUGUUUGGCCCGAUGACUCGGAGCAACAUAUCGUUCUAUCCGACGCGUCUGUUGUGCAAGCGGUUUAAUGUGAAACCCCCGGACCAUGUGCAAGCAGACCCCAACGAUCCGGUCAAACCUUCAGACACUGCCUCUGGGGGACGGUUCCAGUCUGCAGGAUAUCAGACUACUGGGCCUAAGGAAUUAGUCUCGCAGGAGGUUAUGGAUCAACUUCUGCUUGAAGCAGGCGCUAACAGUGGCGCUGUCGAAAAACCUAAACCGAUUGUAGUGGAGCCUGAGCGCAACGAAGCGUUGGAGGCGGAGCGACCAGGCGAGGAAAUUUUCAAGGCGAUAUUCGGAAGUGAUGACGAGGAUGAUGAGAGCUGA